UCGUACCUCGAAACAUCCACCAUGAUAAUCAAGACAACUGUGAUUUCAAUCAUCCUCACAAUCUCGGGCUCUUUGGCCCAUGAAGAAGAUCAGUUACUAAGUGCUUUGACUGAAUGCAUCAAGGAAUUGAAGAACGAUGCCAAAGAUGGUGCAGACCUGAUCCAUGGUUCAAAUGUUGACCAGCGACACCUCAUCACACCGUACAACCCGAGUCUGGCUCUCCUCAGAGACAACUUUGAAACAAAGAUGUCGGAGAGAACGGAUGCUAUUCAGCAGCAGUUUGCACAGCAGCUGGGUGACCUGAGUGAUAGGCUGUCAGCUGCCAUCGAGAAUGUGCGGCUGACAAUGAGCCAGAACGUCGAAGCACUUUCGCAAAGGCUGACGCCCAGUGUCGAGAAACCCAGCCCUCAACACAACAACACCAACAAACAUCAGGGGCAGGUAUGGAAUCCCAACAACAAGGACCUUCCGAACAACACGGACAACACUAAGGAGGUGAGGGAUGUGCUGGGUCCAUUCUUUCCGCAACUGCAAAAGAAAAUCACGGAAGACAUGGACAGCCAAGGUGCGUCAGCCCAUGAGGGGGGGAACAUUGACAAAAUUGACCAGGUCCUCGAGGAGCUGCUCAGCAAGUUGACUCCUAUUCUCAAAGAUAGUUAUAGAAAGGUGAGCCAAAUGUCCAGCGAAAUGGCCCUGAAAGCUUGUGUCAAAUAAUUCGAGUAGAGAGGUAAGGAUGAGGGAGAGAGAGAGAGACUUGUGAUCCGAAAGGUGGUCACUUACAUCGGUAACUAACCAACUAACUGAAAGCAAACCUUACGACUGUUAAAUGCUUGAAAACAAAAUCUGGAGUCGUUCAACGAAGAUCUCAGCAUCAACAUCAAACAGUAGGUAGAAUCGAUUGUUCACUUCAGUGGCGACUACAUAAAGGACAACAAAAUCGAGGAGAACUCGCAAAAGAAAAUUCCCCCCAUGUACAAACGUCAAUCAGCAGAAUUUUUAGUCUCAGCCUUCAGCUAUGCCGAUCUUCAUCACCAGCAAUUAGAGAACUAAAAGGAAACUAGAAAAGUGCUUAGCCAAACGACAUCCCUGAACUGUGGAAUUGCUUAGAAACUCAAAAUUGCUUGAUGUUGUUAAAAGCCUUUUAUCACCUUUCCAAUUCAUUUAUUUGGGGGAAAGGAUUGAUUCUGGAGUCAUGAUUUAAAAAAU